ACGAGCUGGCCCCAUUAGGGCCCGGGCAAGCGUCACUCAACUAGCGCAAGAGUCAUGAAUCUGUGAUUAACAGUAGAUUUACUCAGCUUGAAAAUACAGCUUGGACAGAAAUGGCUGCUGGUUUUGCCACUUAGAACUUCUUUUUCCGUCUAAUCUCGUUCCAUUACUUCCAUUCCGUCCUUUGUUCUAUCUCUAUUUAUGGUCCAGGACUCCUAUUCAUGGUCCGUGCAUUCCAGGACGAGCACCCAAGACAAGGACAAGGACAAGGACAGCAACAAUGGACAAUGACGAAUUUGACGAUACCCUCGAUGAGGACAUGAUCCUCGCCCUCAGUCAGGCCGCGGAUACUGCAGCCGCCGCCGCCGCAGCCGCGACAGCGCUUCCCAGAGGGGUGAGCCGAAUACAGGCCGCCACCGACAGCGGCAACUCUGCAAGAGCGCAGCUUCAGCCUCGUCCCCGCGCUUUUGGAGCGCCACAUUCGACUGCCGCAAACAACAGGAGCCGAAUGAGACCCCUAGAAACUUCAGAUUCAGACGAUGCAUUCCAGAGCGCAGCAGAAAGACCCAGCCUUGUCCCUUCUCGAGCCCUACAGAGACAGCCAUCACAGACCCAGAACCUCCGACAAACGACGCUGUGGGGAAGCACUCUUCGAGAAGGUCAGCGUCCACCCCCAUCGCAGCCGCCUAACAGUCGCCCGUUCCGUUCGGACCUGCCCCCCGAAGCCCCGACUCACCACGAACUCAACCAUGCUGAACUGGCGACUUGGGUGUAUCCUCUGAAUCUGGGCCCCAUUCGCGACUAUCAAUUCAGCAUAGUCAAGAAUGGCCUUUUCAACAACACACUCGUGGCCCUGCCCACCGGUCUGGGUAAAACCUUCAUAGCCGCCACCGUCAUGCUCAACUAUUAUCGCUGGACAAAGCGUGCCAAGAUAGUCUUUGUGGCGCCCACGAAGCCAUUGGCCGCCCAGCAGGUCCAGGCUUGUCUCAACGUUGCCGGCAUACCACGGUCUCAGGCGACGCUCCUCACGGGAGAGACACCUCCGGGAUUGCGCGAAGGAGAGUGGCUGAACAAGCGGCUCUUCUUCAUGACCCCCCAGACCCUGAUAAACGACCUUUCCAAAGGCUACGCCGAGCCCAAAUCUAUCGUCCUGCUCGUCAUUGAUGAGGCUCACCGCGCCACUGGCGACUACGCCUACGUCAAGGUUGUCGAGUUUAUCAGACGGUUUUCCAAAAGCUUUCGGGUGCUCGCCCUGACAGCGACCCCAGGGUCGACAGUUGAGGGCGUACAGGACGUCAUUGAUAACCUCGGCAUCUCCCACGUGGAAAUCAGGACUGAGGAAUCUAUCGAUAUUCGGCAAUAUGUCCACUCGCGCAGCAUCGACACGGUGACGUUUGAUCCCUCGGACGAGAUGUUGGAGGUGAGGGACCUGUUUUCGAAGGCCUUGAAGCCUUUGGUAGACAAAUUAAGCGCCCAGAACAUCUACUAUGGCAGAGAUCCCAUGAGCCUGACCACUUACGGUCUCCUCAAAUCCAGGCAGGAAUGGAUGGCCGGGCCGGGCAGGCAUGUAAAUCAAGGGACAAAGUUCAUGAUGAUGGCCGUGUUUGGCAUUCUUCAGAGCCUGGCCCAUGCAAUCAAGUUGCUGAACUUCCACGGCAUCAAGCCCUUCUACAACAACCUCGCGGAGUUCCGUGCGACAGAGGAAGGCAAGCCCGGGCAGGGCUCAAAAUUCAAACGCCAGCUUCUCGCAGAUGAAAAUUUUCAGAAAAUGAUGUCUAUGAUUGAGGGCUGGAUGAAGUUGCAAGAAUUCCAUGGCCACCCGAAGCUGGCAUAUCUCUGUGAGGCACUCGUCAACCACUUUGUUGAUGCGGGGGAGGGAUCCAGCACCCGGGCCAUUGUCUUCAGCGAGUACCGGGAUAGCGCCGAAGAAAUUGUCCGCCUUCUCAACCGUCAACCGCUUAUCAAAGCCCACGUAUUUGUUGGGCAAGCUGACUCGAAGAGAAGCGAGGGGAUGAAGCAAAAGCAGCAAAUCGAAACGAUUGAGAAGUUCAAGAGCGGCGGCUUCAAUGUCCUCGUCGCUACUUCCAUUGGCGAAGAGGGUCUCGAUAUUGGCCAGGUCGAUCUCAUCAUCUGCUACGACGCGUCGUCAUCGCCGAUACGUAUGCUGCAACGGAUGGGUCGCACGGGCAGAAAGAGAGCUGGAAACAUUGUGCUUUUGCUAAUGAAAGGCAAGGAGAAGGAUAAGUUUGCAGAAGCAAAAGAUAAUUACCAGAGGAUGCAGCAACUCAUUUGCAAUGGCGACGGCUUCACAUUUCGGCACGAUCUGUCUACGAGAAUCAUUCCGCGCGAUAUCAGGCCCGACGUCGAAAAGCGACUUGUUGACAUACCCAUUGAGAACUCCCAGGACCCGUCCCUCCCAGAGCCCAAGAAGACCGCGGCCGGGCUAAGGAAAAAGCCGGCCAAGAAGAGAUUCCAUAUGCCCGACGGCGUGGAAACGGGCUUUAUGAAGGCCUCGUCCCUUGGCCGACCCGCAGGGCAAGCUAAGCAAGUUGCAAAGGCUUCCAAAAAGCCGGUCGAGACCGAUUUUAUCGUCGACAUACCCGAACUCGACAAGGUCCUUUUGAGCAAGUCGCAGACCGAUAUUUUCCAGAGAGUGUACAAAAGCCUGCCAUUGCGCUCAUACGACAGAUUUGAGCAUAUCGAGGACCUGAGGCUCGAUGCAUACCCCGCCAUGCAGAGGGUGCUCCGGCCUACCGUCCACAUAAAGCACGGAGACUAUACAAAGAGGUGUGUGAGGCUGCUCAAGGUGCUGGGUAACUCGCAAGAGCGGUCGCAGCGUCAGGCACGUCCAUAUGGCACGAGAGACACAUCAUCCUGGCGGACACUACCCGUCAAGCCCUUUGCAGAUGAUUCGGAUGCGGAGACUGUAAAACAGCAAAAGAGUCGACACACAAGCAAUUACAAGAAGGCGAGCAGAUAUGGUAGAGCAGCGCCAGCUUUUGUCGAUGACUGUGAAGAAGAAGAUGAGGAAGGAGACGAGGAGGAUGAUACCACAGAUACAGAGAGGACUCCCAGACUCCCCCGAGACCGCGGUCGCGGCCCGCGAAACAAAGGGCCUUCCAAGCGAGUCCGUGACGAACUGGAAGAUGUUGGUGACGAUUGCACCCGCACUAGCGAUAUGCUUGAGCCGGAAGAUUCUGACAGCGGUGCCGAUCUCGCCGACUUUGUUGUUGGCGAUGAUGAGGUUGUAUUCGUGUCCAGUGCCCAACAGCAGAGAUCAACCGAUCCCAUGACCCCGCAGUCCUCCGGCCUCAGCAUACGACACUUGAUACCCGCCCGGAAGGCCGGUGAAAGUGGUCAGGCUGUCAAAGACAAGCCAUUUUUUGAGCCGAUGCAGUUUGGCCCAACGCAGGAUAGUGACGAUGAAAUGCCUGACCUGGUUGAUUUGGCUAGGAGCGUGUCAGCCAAAAAGAAAAGGGAUUUGGACCGAGGACGGUCAGCGACCAUAUCAUUGGAUGAUGAUGAUGACGAUGGUGACUCUGACGACAGCGUAUCGCUGAGCAGACCGGCUGCCAAGAGGAGGAGGCAGGUUUUGGCUAACAGCGACGACGACGACGAAUGAGUGGAUAGCUUCUAGUAGCUCCAAUAGAAAGCGUCGGUGUUCGAUGGCCGCCGAGGGAGUCGGACGAUAUAGUGCGAUAUAUCACAGCACCGUGGACUAGAGAGGCUCGUAUAAGGACGCGGACGGGUUUGGGCAUUGUGGAGGGAUGAUACCCAGGAGAUGAGGCACUCAGAUUUUCAUCUCCAUGGCGUAGCGGAAAUUUUACAUGACGGGUCGAUAGUACUAGGUUCUUUAAUGGAGGCUGUGCCUUUUGCGAUUCUGUACAGUACACCAUGUUUGGGGUGAUACUUGUCAUUCAAGGCAAGGUAUAUUCGGGACUAACUGCUCUAGUCACAACUUACAACACUCGGCAGGCCCCAGCUCAUUUAUCCGCUGCAGACCUACCUCAGUAGGGGAUAUGGCUACGAGCAAGGCUACACUUCCACACCUCACUUCUCCGGAUCGACACAAUAAUGAGCGUUACAGUUGAUCAAGG